CAGCAUGUUAUUCAGUUUAAUUGCAUCAAAUUAUUAUACAACACUUACAAAGUGAUUACAAAUCUAUGGCCAUAAGACCAUUAUGAGUUAUCAAGAUAGCAGCCUGUUGAUCAGUACAUUCACCAACGAUUUAGCCAUAGUUCCAGACAUUUUCACACGAAAGAGAAGCCGAGGCACGGGAGAAGACUUGCUAGACCACUUUCUAUACGAGCAGAAUAUUCUUGGAGAAGAGCCGAAAAGACACUGUCCCCUCCCCAACACUCAGUACAUUGCACAAUCUGAUUUCUACUUGCAGCCAUCCUUUCAAUUUGAAAUGCAGCAAGCCAUCAAAGAAGUCCCGACUCUCUCCUUUGUGAGCAAUGCUGCUGCACCCGAGGCUAGGAAGAGUAACCAGGAGAAGAUGCACAUGGUCAUCCUUGAAGAGCCUGAGCAGUUUUAUCGUGCCAGAUAUGACAGCGAAGGUGUACGUGCUCCUCUGAAGGGGAUCAACGAAAACUACCCUGCAGUUGAGCUAAGGGGAGAGGGUAUUAAGCAUGCUGUGGUCACUGUCAAGCUGGUUCACGAAGAUGGCUCUCCUCACACUUGUUGCUCUCUAGAUAGCAGCGACGAUCGCAAGAAGGCGCUCACAAAGAGAGCUUCUCCUAUCAACAACAUGAUAAAAGCAGAAUUUGAAGACCUGAGAAUUCGUCGUGAGAAGAAGAAGGAAGGAAGAAAAAGUGCCUCUAAUGUCGACAAGAGUGGCUCUCGUGAUGGGAAGUGUGACAAAGUGGCCUACCUUCUUUUCACUGCUAAUGUGGACACUAGCUAUGGACAGAUCAAGUGCUCUGCCAUUUCAAGCCCUAUCUCACUCACUGCUGCUCCUGAACCGGCUGAGUUGGACUGGUUAGUACCCACUCGUGGUCACUUUGGGGGGAAAGAAGUGGUCGCCAUCAAAGGAUCAAAGAUGACUUCUCCUAAAGUUAUAUUCCGGAUACGAGGAAUGGGUGGUGAGCUCAUCGAGUUACCAGGCACCGUUGAUAAGGAAAAAUCUCACCAAAAUGUUCUCCUCAUUCGCACUCCAAUAAUCGAUCAUCUAUCGUACGGCCUGGGGCAUCAGAGGAUCGAGGCAACAGUCGUUGUUAUCACUGGUCGCAAUCAGAUGUGCAGCAACAACCUGGACUUUGAGUUUAUCCCAAACGACAUUUGCCGUGAGUGCAUGCAGGAGACACCCAUGACAACUAUCCAGACUAAUCUCUGCCAGGCAUCGAGCUCAACAACCUGUGCUGUUGGUCUGUCCCCCUGUUCUCCACCCUCAGCCAGUCCCCGCAUGCAGCGCUCCCCCGGGCCCAUCUAUUCACCCACCUUCGUGCAGACUGGUUUGUCCUCUCCCCCGUCCACGUCCCCAUUCCAUGAUCAGCUGGAUAUGGUGCCUCUCACCCCCUCUGUGCACAGCCCUCUCACUAUACCCACCAGGGACGCUGGAUUACAGCCCACCAUCUCUUGUGGGAGCUACGAAACGUACGGACCCUCGGCUCAGGAGAUGAACACAAACAUCUUGCAAAUUGUCGAGCAACUUAUGAGUCCAGCUUCCUCCGAACCCAACGCCCCUCCCCCUUAUUCGUGCUCAGAUGUUGUUCCCCUGUACACUACCGCCCCGUGUGACUCUACCUCCCCCGAUGGACCUGCCUUCACAGAUAUGGCAAUUCAGAUUCAAAAAGCUCUCAUGGCCUUACAGGUAGAGGGCCGGAUCUCAGCAAAUGACUACUUGUUCUAUGAGAACGAGUGCAGACAGUACAAUGUUGACCUGUUCAAGGCCUUCGAUAUAGCAAAUGGUGACCUCCUCACCUUCCAGCAACAGUUGGCUUCUUUCAAGCCGCCCCUCUCUAUCCAUUCAACACACCUGUGAAAUUUUCUUCACCUUGUGAGGUUUGCUUCUGUGAAACAACCCAUUCCAGAACUGAUGAUUAUAGUGCAUCCAAACUGUUGAUUUGUUUAGUAAAUUGUGACCAUUCUUAAUUAUCUUGUCUUACAAGUGUGAUGUUUAUAGAAAUUUUUAUGCUAUGCAUAAAACCUUUUUAUCCCAUGUAGUGCUAGUUGUUAUAUGUAAUUUUUAAUUAAUUUAUGCACAUAACUUUUGUAUUUGAGAUUUGCAUUGUUAUCAUUUUAUGCUAUUAUUAUCGUUGCCUAA